UAAAAAAAGUCGUCUAAUAUUUUAAUUAAAAAAAUUAUCAUUCGCUUGUUUCGGUGACACACCCCCACAAAAUCUAGUAUAAAAUCACCAAAAUCGGUGAACAAAAAUCAGAUUUGAUUCAACCAAGUCACAACAAACAACACAUCAACAUGUUCAAAUUGUUCGUUUUCUUGGCCCUUGUCGCCUUUGCUUUCGCCCUCCCUAAAGCCCAACCCCAAUUCUACGGUGACUAUUCCGCUGUUGGUUAUGGUGGUUAUGGUUACGGUGCCGCCCCUUACGCCUAUGGCGCCGCCGGAUAUGGUGGCUACUAUGGAGGCUACUACUAAUUUAAUAGUUAUUAUCGUUUCUGAGAAACUGACACAACCAAUAUGCAAUAAUAAAUAAAGUUAUCAAAAAGUA